AUGCCAGUGACACCUCGCUCGCACGUGGAGUCUGAUGACGACAGUGAUAAAGACGAAGAGCAGCUGCCUCAACCUGCUGUUGAGGAGAAAUGCUUUCCUUCGUCACUAUUUGGUUAUCAAUUCGCUGUGGACACAGCUCAAGAUUACAUCGUCCGAGAGCUGCUUAAAAAAUUCAACGCACUAGAAAUAUAUUGUGAUGCUCCUCACGAGACCUUCUGCCCUAGCACAUUCAGUUGCUCCAUGGAUGUGUCACUUGAAGAAGGUCUUUACUUUCCUCAAAGGGUCUGCACAAGAAUACCAAUGUUCACAGGAAACAAUCGGCAGGUAUCGUUAGAAAACAUAAAAAUCAUGUGGUGUCGUCUCCUCUCUCAUUACUUCGAAUGGUUGGCAGGAGUUGCUCAGGACGUCAUUGAUUCUGGGCCAAGGCGACACACGCACGACUCGCCAUGCAAUCCUUGUCUCAGACUAUGUACCCACAACGCGAGAACAGUGUCCACAGACGAUGACCUGCAUGCCCUUCUCGGAGCUGCAGAACGUAUCAAAUUUCACGUGAUUGCUCUGCAGGAGACCAAGUGCAGAAGGAGCGACGUACGAGAGAUGAAUGACGGAACACUCGUCAUUCGUGGAGAGAAGGUUCCGUCGCGAAAUGUAGGCGGUGUUGGUUUUGUUGUGCACCCAUCUGUUGUCCAUCUUGUCGGUUCUUACGAGAUCCUGUCACCUCGUCUGGCCAUUUUUCGCCUCGCCAAAAACCCAUCAGCAUCAUCAACUGCUCACCAACAUCAGCAGCUGAUGAUUCCGAAUUGGACGCGUUUUACGAGGAGUUGGAGGAAAUAA